AUGGAGAGCUCUCAGAAAAGAAUUAGACGCAUUGAUGAAGGAGCAGUGGCAACAAGCCUCAAGACAAGUGAGGAUUCGAGAGGAUUAAUGGGUAGAUGGAAAGUUUUUCGGAAGGAGGACAAGAAAUUGGGGAAUCUGAGAGCUUUAAUGUGCGGACAGAGACCCAAGGACUAA